AGCACUUGGUCUUUCUGGGACUUGAACCGGUGACAUUCUGAUUCCCAAGCCAAGUCCCUACGGACACUUCUGGUAACAUCACAUCCCCUCAGUGAUCACAAUCAGGAGACACGGUUUUCUUUUCUUUAUGUUAAUUCCAUUCCAAAUUAAAGUGAAUUUAUUGCCAUGUCCAAAGGAAAGGGCAGGGUAAACAACAGACUAUGGAGGGUAAACAACAGACUAUGGAGGGUAAACAACAGACUAUGGAGAGUAAACAACAGACUAUGGAGGGUAAACAACAGACUAUGGAGAGUAAACAACAGACUAUGGAGAGUAAACAACAGACUAUGGAGAGUAAACAACAGACUAUGGAGAGUAAACAACAGACUAUGGAGAGUAAACAACAGACUAUGGAGGGAAAGUAACAGACUAUGGAGGGUAAAUAACAGACUAUGGAGGGUAAACGACAGACUAUGGAGGGUAAACGACAGACUAUGGAGGGAAAGUAACAGACUAUGGAGGGAAAAUAACAGACUAUGGAGGGUAAACGACAGACUAUGGAGGGUAAACGACAGACUAUGGAGGGAAAAUAACAGACUAUGGAGGGUAAACAACAGACUAUGGAGGGAAAACAACAGACUAUGGAGGGAAAAUGACAGACUAUGGAAGGAAAACGACAGACUAUGGAAGGAAAGUAACAGACUAUGGAGGGUAAACAACAGACUAUGGAGGGUAAACAACAGACUAUGGAGGGAAAAUAACAGACUAUGGAGGGAAAACAACAGACUAUGGAGGGAAAAUAACAGACUAUGGAGGGAAAAUGACAGACUAUGGAAGGAAAACGACAGACUAUGGAAGGAAAGUAACAGACUAUGGAGGGUAAACAACAGACUAUGGAGGGAAAAUAACAGACUAUGGAGGGAAAAUAACAGACUAUGGAGGGAAAAUAACAGACUAUGGAGGGAAAACAACAGACUAUGGAGGGAAAACGACAGACUAUGGAAGGAAAACGACAGACUAUGGAAGGAAAGUAACAGACUAUGGAGGGUAAAUAACAGACUAUGGAGGGUAAACGACAGACUAUGGAGGGUAAACGACAGACUAUGGAGGGAAAGUAACAGACUAUGGAGGGAAAAUAACAGACUAUGGAGGGUAAACGACAGACUAUGGAGGGUAAACGACAGACUAUGGAGGGAAAAUAACAGACUAUGGAGGGUAAACAACAGACUAUGGAGGGAAAACAACAGACUAUGGAGGGAAAAUGACAGACUAUGGAAGGAAAACGACAGACUAUGGAAGGAAAGUAACAGACUAUGGAGGGUAAACAACAGACUAUGGAGGGUAAACAACAGACUAUGGAGGGAAAAUAACAGACUAUGGAGGGAAAACAACAGACUAUGGAGGGAAAACAACAGACUAUGGAGGGAAAAUGACAGACUAUGGAAGGAAAACGACAGACUAUGGAAGGAAAGUAACAGACUAUGGAGGGUAAACGACAGACUAUGGAAGGAAAAUAACAGACUAUGGAGGGAAAAUAACAGACUAUGGAGGGAAAAUAACAGACUAUGGAGGGAAAACAACAGACUAUGGAGGGAAGAUAACAGACUAUGGAAGGAAAACGACAGACUAUGGAAGGAAAGUAACAGACUAUGGAGGGUAAACGACAGACUAUGGAAGGAAAGUAACAGACUAUGGAGGGUAAACAACAGACUAUGGAAGGAAAGUAACAGACUAUGGAGGGUAAACAACAGACUAUGGAAGGAAAGUAACAGACUAUGGAGGGUAAACGACAGACUAUGGAGGGAAAAUAACAGACUAUGGAGGGAAAACAACAGACUAUGGAGGGAAAAUAACAGACUAUGGAAGGAAAACGACAGACUAUGGAAGGAAAGUAACAGACUAUGGAGAGUAAACAACAGACUAUGGAGGGUAAACAACAGACUAUGGAGGGUAAACAACAGACUAUGGAGGGUAAACGACAGACUAUGGAGGGUAAUUGUCCCAAAUUGACAACUAGGGUUGGGUACCGAACUCCGGUUCCGAUACGGGGCGGGGCGGGAAAUGUAGCGAGCACAAGACCAGGGUUGGGAAGCAAA